AUGUCCAAACUGAACGAGGAAGAUUUAGAAGACGCGAGACGCAAACGCAUGGAAGAAAUGCGAGGAAACCAAUCGAACAGAAAAGAAUAUCUGAAACGACAACACGGAGAAGUGCACCAAAUACUGGACGAAAAAGAAUUCUUCGGCAAAAUGAAAGGAGAGGAGAAGAUGGUGUGUCAUUUUUAUCGCAACUCGGAACCGUGUAAAGUGAUGACGAAACACUUGCGCGCGUUAGCGCCGAUGCAUUUAGAAACGUUGUUCUGCGAGAUUGACGCGGAAAAGUCGCCAUAUUUAACCGAAAAGUUAAAGAUAUUCAUGUUGCCUACGCUAGCUUUAGUGAGCAAAGAGAAAGUGAUGGAUUACAUCGUCGGGAUGGAUGAUUUCGGUGGAGGAGGGGAUGAUUUUCCGACCAAAAACGUGAAACUCGUUUUGCAAAGUAAAGGGAUGGUGGACGAAGAAGGGGAGAGAAUGUACGCGUUGAAAGCGAGAAACAACGGCGAAGACGACGAACACGCGGCGGAAGUUUUGAAAGAACGCGUGAAGAACAUUCGUCAGGGGAAGAAAUUCGAUUUGAACUCGGACGACGAGAAUAGCGAUUUUGACGAUUGA